AUGAGAAAAAAGCAAACAACAGGAAGCUCAUCAUCAUCACAGUCUAAGGCUGCACAAAAAAAACGAAAGGACCCUCCUUUGCCAUCCUCGGAUCAAAAAUUCAUUGAAAAAUACAAGAAGGAAAUUUGUGAAACGAUCAGAACAAGCCCAUUAACCUUUCGGCAAUUGGAUAGGUUUUCCGCCUUGUUGUUCAGGUGUCAAAUGGAACAAGUGUCCAAAGAUCUUUAUGAUUUGAGCGAUUAUGAAAAUAGUGAUGACAGCUCGUACGACGAAGAAUGGAACAGUGAGUAUGACGAAGAUGAAGAGGAAGAAGAAGAUGAAGACUUUGCUGAACCACCAAGUAAAAAAGCUCCCAAGUUGGUUGCUGGUCAAACCACAAAAUCCGGCAAAGCAAAUUCUUCUGUCGGAAGUAGUAGCAGUUCUGCCAAAGCAUCUCCUUCAACAAGUAACAAUUUCUAUGAAGUGAAAAUUGCCUUACCUGCACACAAGUUCCAUCGAGUGAUUCGUAUUCCUACUCUCAACACUACUUUACAUCAUUUCCACGAUAUUAUCAUGAAUGCAUUCUCGUGGUCAGAUUGCCACUUGCACAAAUUUCAAACACACCGUGGUACUUAUUCUGACACGACCAUGAGUGAAAAAGGAAAGGAAGAACGUAAGGUUCGUCUCGAUGAUGUACUUAACAAUGAAUAUCGAUACAUGUCCUAUGUGUAUGAUUUUUCCAGUGAGUGGGAAAUCGAUAUCGAGCUGAAAAAGAUUAUUGACGAGAAUACAAUGAGGCGCGGAGCUCUGGAGCUAGGUCUAACAGUUCCAGAAAACUUGUCACAAUUUAUUUACUGUGUGGAUGGACGCGGAGGAGAAAUUGAUGAAGAAGAGGGUGAUGUUUCUGGAAAGUUUAAUGUGAAAGCGGCCAACAAAGGGCUCAAAAUUAGGUGGUAA